GGGAGGAGCGUGCGCGAGAGAGAGUGAGCGAGACGGGGGGGGGGGGGGGAAGGGAAAUGCGAGGCGACGGAAUGGCGGCCGAGGUAGACGCCUGGUCCGUAGUUACAGCAACAACAAGAACCGACAUUGAUGAGGAUGAUGAAGAUUUGAACGAUGGUGAAGUGAAUGGGAACGGGACUCCUCAGGUAAAAGUGCUCCAUGAAGCUCGCAUCAAGGCAAAAGCUAAACGCCGGCUGAGGCGCAAUUCUUCUCGUGAUCCCGCGCGGGAGUCGGUGCCGGAGAGUGGCGAGCCGGGUACCGAUACAAACAGCUCCAAAGGAAAACUGAAUGACCGGAAAUCUCGGUCUGGAAAAGGACGAGGCCUUCCGAAGAAAGGUGGAGCUGGCGGAAAGGGUGUAUGGGGUGCAGCUGGAGUUAUUUAUGACUACGAGGAGCCUGAUGCUCAUGAUCCAAACUAUGAUGAUGCUGUCCAGGGGGACACAGUUUAUGGCACGAUGGUCCCAGAACUGGAUGAAAGUGCACUGCAAAAUACCGUGACUCCGAUUGUGAAGGAGUAUUUCGAACAUGGAGAUGGACAUGAAGUGGCAGCCCUGCUACAGGAACUGAAUCUGGGAAAGAGGAAGCAUGAGGUUCCUUCUCUUGCCGUCUCGCUUGCAUUGGAAGGCAAGGCAAGUCACCGGGAGCUGACAUCCCGGCUUCUGUCUGACCUUCUGGGGAAAGUCCUUACAGCUGACGAUGUUGCCAAGGCCUUUGAUAGGAUGUUGAAGGAUCUGCCUGACCUUAUUCUUGAUACACCUGAAGCACCACAGGUACUUGGCCAGUUUAUCGCCAGGGCGGUUGCAGACGAUGUUUUGCCAUCAAACUUUCUUGAAGGUUAUAAAGGGAAAGUGGAUUGUGACCAUGCACGUGCUGCAUUGGAUCGUGCUGCCAUCCUGCUUAGUAUGAAGCGUGGUGUUGGAUUGGACAAUGUCUGGGGCGUGGGUGGAGGGCAACGACCCGUCAAACAUCUCAUCAGAGAGAUGAACUUCAUAUUGAAGGAGUUCCUGCUCUCCGGAGAGCAGGCUGAAGCUGAGCAUUGCCUUCGUGAUUUGGAGGUGCCACAUUUCCACCAUGAACUUGUUUACGAGGCCGUUGUCAUGGUGUUGGAGUCAACGGGAAGUACAGCAGCUAAGAUGGUGAAGCUGCUGAAAAUGCUGUGGGAGAGUGGGCUGAUCACACUGGACCAGAUGAACCGGGGUUUCCAGCGAGUGUUUGACGAGUUGCCAGAUAUAAACCUGGAUGUGCCACUUGCCCACACGAUCCUGGAGAAAUUCUUAGACCUGUGUUUCCAGGAAGCCGUUAUAACCAAGCAACUUCGUGAUAGCUGUCCCUCACGGGGCCGUAAGCGUUUUGUGAGUGAGGGAGACGGUGGGCGUGUCAAGGAGUAAGACCUCACUGUGUGCACUCUGCUGUUGGACCCUCAGAACAUACUGUAUUUUACCAGCACUUCAGCCAUAUUCCACAUGCGACACCAGUGACUCAGCAGGAGCUUUGACAAAGCUGCAGGAUCAGGUGGCAAUCGCAAGUGUGGAAGCAGCCUAUUUUCACACCCCGGCCACUUUGAUUUAGUUGCCUGCAAUGUUUAUAACUGAGCACUUGCCCCCUCUUAUGUUCAGGGUACCCAGCAUUAACAAAUUAUGGGUUGUAAUGAUAAAUUCUACUGCAGAAUAGGAAUGGUGUUUUUGUCCUGGGCCAGGGGCUGAUUCUGUAACCGGGUCUUCAUCCAAAAGAGAUCACUUGCUGAUGUUUGUUACACUGUGCGGAGCAGAAGCAGAGAAGUCAGUAUGGUUUCCAAGUAUCUUUCUAUGUAGACUGGAUUGUCAGGUUUGAGGAGGUGACCCUGCCUUUUUCCCCCCCCCAUUAUAGUCAUGUUACCCUCAUAUUCUUUAGCGCUCUGCCUAUAGCAGGCACCCAUUGCUCUGGCUGCAGGGAGAAUGGCCUUUAGGAAAGAGAAUUUCACCUGAAUCUGAGUUGAAAUCAUGAUGAAAUCAUGAGCUGGAAUCGAUUUAACAGUCAUUUGUAGAAAGUACCUGUGAAUAUGGGAGAGCAAACAGCAGCCAUGGACUUUACCUCAAUAUGAGGGAUCAUGGUCUGCUCCUGACCAGUGAGGAGGCAGCAUUGAAUAGCAGCUCAUCAUUUAAACGGGUGGCCUCGUUGCCACCAUACAAACUCAGACGCUAAAUAUUAAAGCAGUGAAAUCCAACUGGGUGCAGAGGAGAAAGGCUGGGUUAACAUUAUUUGGCCACGUGCUUGUUUUGGUGGGUUAUGUAUCCUUCACUGAGCUCAGCAGCUGCAUUACUGUGCAGAAUAAUUUCAGUCCCUCGGACUCCACAAGAGAGCCCACCAUUCAGUGACACUGUGGGGGUUGGUGGGGGGAUUUUACUGGUGGGAUUUUACUGGUGGGCAAGUAUUCCUUUUAUUUGUUCUACAUGGACCAAUCUUUUCAGUGCGCGGCCCCUUUAAAACAUUUUUGCACAUAUAUUUCUUGCAGAACCAGACCUGCGCUGUAUCUUUCUGGCUGCUCUGUGGCCAUUCCUCUGUGCAGCUUAACAAGAGCAUUGAUGGCGAGGGAUUUAGACCAAACUGCACUUGGCAGUUUUGCACUAUAUCAGAGAGGGUUGGAUGAAUGGUUCAGAAAAGAUUGAACUACCAUCCCAAAUCCAGAUCUCAAAUCUCAAGAGGAAUUGCUGUUUUGUCUCUAAAAUGCUUUUAAGAAAAGUUGAAUCAGGAAUAAAGAUGAUUUUACCAA